AAUUUCUGAAUCAAUCUUUUUUUAAAUUGAUUAUUUGAUUGGUAUCUUUAAGUAAUUAAAAAAUUAAAAAAUAAAUAAAUAAAAAAGAAUCUUAUAAGAAUAAAGAAAAAAUGAAAUUAAUUUAAUAAAGUUUAGACAGUUAGAUUAAUAAUUUAAUGUAAGAAAUGUAUUAUCAAAUUUAAUUUGAUAAAAAUUAGUAAUCCUCCAUAAUAUCUUAAUGCUAAAGAUAGAACUUAUUGAAUUCAAUCAACAAAAAAGAAAUAUCAAGAUCGAUAAGAUUAUUUAAUAGUAAUACAGAGUCUUCUAGAAAAGGUUUUAAACUUUUGGGAGGUGGUGGUUGUUGCAGCAAAAAUAAUGAGCCUUAAUUUGGAAAUAUAGGCAUAAAUUUUGAGGAAGUAAAAGAGAAUAAAAAAUAAAAUGAAAUAGAUCCUAAAUUCAACAAGUUUUAUAAAAGUUAAGUAGAAAACUUAUCACAUAUUUAAUCUAUAGUUGAAAAGAAUGAACAAGUCUCUGAGAUCAUCAAGGUUUGUGAAAGUGGUCUUAUUAGAUCAAAAGAUCUAUUUACUAUUAAUGUUCACAUGUACAGGGCAAGUGCUAUUUAAAUCUUUAACCUGUGUUUAUAGUAUAUUAUUACAGGAGCUUAGAGCAUAGAUAAAGAUGACUAAAAUCUAAUAUUCAAAAAAUUAGACGCGUUUAUUCAGCAUGUUAAAUAAAACGUUGAAUUAUUUCCAUGCUAAGAUUUAGAAUUCAUUUACUAAUUCUUAAUGGAUAUUAAUCAAGAAGAUUUUGAUUAUAGCAAUGAAAGUCAAAAGCAACUUUAAAUUGUGUCAUAGUUUGUCACAAUUAAUAUUUAAAAAAGAGGCAAACUGACUUUUCCAUUGUUAGUGAAUGAUUCAUCCCAAAUAAAUAAUAAUUAAGGAUAGGAUUUAAUUCAAUUUUUACAAGAUAUAGCUUUUAAGUAGUCAGAUAGCUUAGAGAAUAUUUGGUAAAUUGUUGAUAGGGCUCAUUAGAAGGUAAAAUCAUUUACUAAAGACGCAAUUGUUAGAUAAAUAGUAGCUAUUUGGGCUUUAAAAGUUAGUAAAUUAGGACAAAAUAGCACUGACAGUCAGGAUCUCUUAUUUUUCAUUAACCAAUUUAUUGAAUUGUCUAUGAAUGGUAAAUCAAGCUACUUAGUUCUCUAUAUUCUAACUCAGGUCAAUUAUAUUUUAGAGAAAAAUAUUUAAAAUGCUUAAUUUACUAAAGAUUUAAUCUAAUAUUUUCUAGUUGACUAAAAAUUUAGCUAUUUCAUUCAAUUGCUUAAACAGGAGUCUGAUAAAAAAUAAACAGCUACUGAAAGUUUCCUUCUCUUUUUCAAAUUUACUGUGACAGAUAUAACUUACAGAUUCCUUUCUAAUUAAAUCUUGUUGAACAUCUACAAUUCUGUUAUCUAAGAGCUGCUCAAUUAAAAUGAUUAGCUACUUAUCCAUCUAAUAUAUUCCUAUGCAACUGAAAAAAAUGAAAGGGUGAAACUUUUAUUUUAGGCUAACAAAAAAUUCGUCAAUUAUGUUAAGAAGAUGACUUCCUCAGAUACAAAAAACAUAGCAGAAAUAGUCAUGAGUUAUUAAAAGAAGAGAAAAGAGGAAUUUUAAAAAAAUAAAUUAUCUAAAUAAGAAAUAGAAUAAAUAGAAGACAAUAUCAAAGAUGAGAGUGAUUUUAUUGAAAAAAUCACACUUAAAUUGAUAGAAAAGUGGGAAUUAGAAGCAAGGCAAAGACUAGAAAAGAACAUAUCUCAAAAAGAUGAUAUAUUGCUAGAGGUUUAAGAUCUUUAUAUUGAUUAGAAUAUUGAAUAUCUAACAGGAAAUGACAUAUUUAAUGAAAAAGAUAAAAAAGUAGAAUUUUCUUUAGAUAAGGAUAAUAAGCAAAACAAAUUGAAUGCUGUAGAUCUUAUAAUGAAGUACUUUUUGCUUCCAAAUUAAUUAGAAGCUUAAAACUAAAACAAUCCUUAAACUUAAGCAAAUAAGUGCAAAAUUAUAGGUAUUUUAGCAGAAGGAGGUACUGGAAAGUCUAUGCUUUUUAAAAGAGUAGAAACCCUCCUCAUGAAAGAUAAAAACUAAAAUUUCUAUACAUCUAAUGAAAAGUUGAAUUACAUAACACUGUUAGUUAAGUGCAAUAACCUAGACUCAAAAAAUCCUUCUUUAGAUGACUAUUUGAUCAGUUAAGGUUUAGAUCAGAAUUAGAUAAAAUAAUUGAAGAAAAUGCAAAGAAAUAAGCUUAUUUUGUUAGACGGUUAUGAUGAAUAUACAGGAAAUUAUUUUAAGGUGUAUUAAAAGCUUGGCUUGUAAGACUGGACGAAUACUCUUGUAAUUGUUUCAUCAAGAAUCGAAAAGUUUUCACAGUCAGAUGCAGUUGCUUACUUUAGCAUUGAAGACCAAUAUGGAUCUAGGGAUAAUAACUCCUAUUGUAUUGCAAAACUUAAAGAAUUUGAAAGAAAGGAUAUUGAUGAGUACUGCAAAAAGUUUUAUUAGAAACAAAGCAAUUUAAAUUAAUAAAUUGAGCUUAAAGAAGGAUAGUUUUUAAAUAUGAUGAAAUCAUGUUUAAAUAGUUAGCAACUAGAAAAUUUACUCCUUCUACCAAUAAAUUUGUAUUUGUUUACGAGAAUGGUCAUUAACAAACAAGAAUAGGAAUUAGAAGAUCUAAUCAAGGAUAUUUAAGAUUAAAUUUAAAUCUAAGAUAUUUUCUUUGCUGAAUAAUUUAACAGAGAAUCUCUUGAUUUUAUGGUUUAAAUAAAUGAGAAUUUAUCUAAUAAAUAGUUAAAAGAAUAAAUCAAUUCGUCUUAUUUUUAAUAUUUCUAAACAUUGGCUUUGUAAAUGUUCUUAAAUAAGAGUUUUAAAUCAAACUUUUUACAAUUGAAUAGAGAAGAGGUAGUGUUUGAACUAAAUGAUUAGAUUAAAAAAAUGCUAAAAAAAGAAGAUUAGCAGAAAUUAAAGGAUAAAAUAUAGAAUUAUGUGAAUACUAAAAUAAUUACUAAAGUCAAAGACUUAUAGGAGGAAUAAGAAGAAGAGUAAUAAGCCUUUAGCUAAAAAAUCCUUGAAUUUAAGCAUAAAUCUCUUUUUGAAUAUUUUGUUGCCAAAGCUUUUAAAUAUGAUUUUGAUGUGCACAAAGAAGAUAUUCAUAAAAUGAGUUUAUAGGAGUUAUCUAAAUUUAAAAUAAAUUAAAAAAUUAUUAUGAACCCAGGAAUAAACUAAUCUGAGCAGCAGAUACUAGUAAAGCUUUAUAAAUUGUUAAAAAAAGAUAUUGACUCUGACUAUUUUAGAACAAGCUAUCAAUCAGAGGAUAUUUCAUAAAAUAAUAGAUACAUUUAAUAUCUUAGAAAAUCAAGCAUAUCUAAACCUUCAGAUGUGAGCUAAAUAGAUAUCGGAGCUUCAAACCUUCUCUCAGCUUUGUUUGUAAGUAAAUACGCUUAUGAAGGUCUCAAGUUAACCAAGUGCUCCUUUUCUUAAGCCUACAUUCCAUAUCAUAAAAGUGAUGAUAUAGUUUUCGACUCAUGUAAUUUCAACAAUGCCUAUUUAGAAUCAUAAAAUUUAGGCAGUUUCGAAACAUGCUUCAUGAAUAACUCAAUGUUUUAAUCAUUUAAAAAAGAAUUCGAUCUUGGGGAUAUGUACUUAUCUAAUGGGGUUGAAUUCUAUUAAAAUAGUUUAAUUUCUAUUUCAAGAAGUGGAUUUAUCAAUAGUUUUUCAAUUGAAAAUAGUGAAAUUUUAUAAUAAAAAAGAAUCUCAUGUUUACCUUUAUAGAAAAUUUUGCUAUAAAAAGAUAAAUUAAUUGCAGCAAGCUAAACUUGUUUAUUUGAAAUAAAUCCAGUUAAUUUGGAAGUAUUUAAUUCAACUGGCUUUAUUGAUAAAAUAGAAAGAUUACAAGCUUAAGAAAAUUUAUGUUUAGUCACCCUAUCAAAUGAAGAGAAUUUCAUAGGAAAUUUUUAAACAGGAUUUAAGCAAUUAGAUUUACAAGGAAAGAAUCCUAUUUUUUCAAAGAAUUAAAUAAUCACCAAUAAUUAAAAUUAAUUAUUUAUUUAUGACCUCUAAAAUUAUUAAUUGCAAAAAUAAAUUAAUAUUGACAGUUUUGAAAAAGCUAUUUCAAGUAUGGAUGGAAAGACGCUAAUUCUAAUCUAAGAUAAAACAUUCCAAGUUUGGAAGUCCGAAGCAGGUGAUUUAAAAUUAAUUAGAAAUGUGGAAGGACAUACUUAAAAAAUUCUUUCUUUUGAAUUCUCCUAAAACAGCAAAUUCUUUGUUUCUUGCUCAUCAGCUGAAUAUAUAAUAUGGGAUAUAUCUAAGGACUUUGAAAUAAUCAAGUAAAAAGAAUAAAAAGGUAUCUAAAAUGUUAAAUUCUCAUCCGACAACAAGUAUUUAGCAAUUUCAUUAGCUUUAAAGCAGAUAAUAAUGAGUAUUGAAAAUAAUUUUAGUGAAUUGAACAAUAUAAAAGGUCAUGAAGGUAUAAUUCCUAUUCUUAAUUUUUCUCAUAAUGAUAAAUAUUUAGCUACUUGCUCAUCUGAUAAAACUUUUAAAAUCUGGGAUACCUCAUAAAAUUACAAAUUAAUUAAAUCAAUUUAAGGACAUUAAUAACCUAUAAAGUCAAUAAUUUUUUCUCCCAACGAUAAACUACUGGUUACAAUUGAUGAUAAUACAUGUAAAAUCUGGAACUUUGAAAAAGAAAUGUAACUUAUACAAGAAUAAGUUUUUGAAGAUAAUAUUGACUCAGUUGCAUUCUCUCCAGAUGGAGCUUUAUUAGUGAUAGCCACUAUAGGAAUUUAUGAAUUAAACUGCAACAUUUAUAAAACAGAAAAACUCGAUCUGUUACAUAAAAAGCUCACAUAGGAAUGCGAUUAAGAAGAUGCUAGUGUUGACCAUCUAAAGGUAGCCUUUUCUUAUGACGGAAGAUACUUAGCUGCUUCAUCUGCUUACUCACCAUGUGCAGUUUUUGAUGUUAAAAAUGAUUUUUAGAUUUUAGAUGGAAUUCAAAUUGAUGGAGGGAAUGCUUCAUCAUUAGCUUUUUCACCUGAUGGAAAAUAUUUAGCUGUAGGUCAAGGAGAAGAAGAUUGUUUAAUUUUGAAAGUUUAAUAAAAUUUCGAAUUGCUAAAAAUUGUACAAAAUUCUAAUGCUUCCAAUCUUUCUUUUUCUGCUGAUAGUCGCUACUUAAUUACAGCAUCUCAAAAUAUAAACUGUAAGAUUUGGAGCGUAGAAAAGGAUUUCGAAAUGAUUAAUAAAAUUGAUCUCAAAGUUAGAAAUGGUACAUUUAAGUCUGAUAAUAAAUACUUUGCAACUUCUUGUUCAGACGGAACAUUUUAAAUUUGGAAUAUUAGUGUAAGAUUCGAAAGAAUAAAUUCUAUCUAAGGUCAUGUAGGAAAAAUUUAUUAAGCGGUAUUUUCUCCUGAUAAUAAAUAUUUAGCUACUGCUUCUAGUGACAUGACAUGCAAAAUUUGGAAUGUUGAAAACAGCUUUGAGCUAUUAUACACCUUAAUAGGCCAUUAACAAGAAGUAUACUCAGUUUCAUUUUCAUCUGAUGGAUAACUUCUUGCUACAGCUUCUGAUGAUAAAGUUUACAAUAUUUGGAAUGUAAAAAAUAGCUUUUAACUGAUUUAAACUUUAUAGAAUACUAAAAAUGAAGAUCUUGACGCCAUUUCUUAACUACAAGAAAGAAAAGUUAUUUAUUUAAAUACGAGUGAUAAGAGUAUUAAAAUACCUUAACAGGGAGAACCAACGAGAAAACCAUAUAAUAUAUUUGGAAAGGGUUUUUUUAUCAAUACAUUUUAACAUUAAACUAAUGAUUUUUCAAAAAACUCUAAAUAUUUUGCCACUAAAUCAGCACAUGAAUUAGUUAUAUAUAAUAGAGAUAAUAACUUUGAAAUAUAUAGAGUUAUAUUUAUAUAUGGAGGAAUGUUGGAGUAGUUUGCUUUCUCAGCUAAUAGUAAAUAUUUUGCAGUUGCAACUAGCUACCUUGAUAUAAUAAUAUGGGAUCUAUCCAAUAACUUCUCAUUAGUAAAAAAAUUAUCAGAUAAUUUGCUUAGGUUCUUAAAAAUUGACUUCUCUAAUGAUGGACAGUUUUUUAUUUCAGCAUUUGAAGAUGGAUCUCUCAAACUAUGGAAUCCUUAAAAAGACUUUGAGCCUAUUACUACGAUCAAAGCACAUGACAAGCUACUUUCUUGCCUAACAUUCACUUCAGACUCAAAAUAUUUAUUCACAGUAUCUUAAGAUAAAACUUGUAAAAUUUGGGAUACCUAAAAUGGCUUUUCUCUUAUUAAUACAAUUAACAACCGUAGUAUACCUAUGUAAUUUGUAUCUUCGUCAAAUAAUGGAGUGUAUCUUGCAACUUCAGAUUUAUAAUCAUGCAAGAUUUGGAACAUUUUAAAAGGAAUCGAGUAAACAAAGGCCUUAAAAAGUAAAGAUAAAAUUGAAAACAAACAACUUGAAAGUUGUUUUAGAUUGUAAUAUGAAGUUUGAAAGUUUUUAUUAUGAAAAUUUUAAAUUAAUUUACAAUAGAAACUAUAAAUAGUUUAAAUACAAAUUAAUUAUUAUAUGAAAUAAUUAUUAAAUCAAACAUUAUUUAUAUUUUUACUAUGUAACUUUGAUUUUAUCUGAUAUGUGUUUCAUGACAAAGAUUUAU